AUGGUCCGCAUUACUCUCCUGGCGGCAGCUCUGAGCGCGAUUGUCACUCAAUGCUCUGCAUCGAUGCACCCUUCUCACCCAUACUCCGCAAGCCCAUUCCUGGGACAGAUCGCCGAGCAAAUGGCCCUGCCCGGGGUCGCCUGGACAGCCAACGGCACCCACAACGCCAAGGGGUAUACCACCAAGUCCAUGGAGAAGACUGACGCGGAGGGCAUGCAUGAAGACUGCGAGAAUAUCAACCUCAACAUGAAGCUGUCGACCAACUUCCGCAGCGACGUGUUCGGCCCCGGCGUCAAGGGCUACUUCUACAAGUGCGAGAAGAUCAACCCCGAGACCAACAAGUACUGGUUCACCAUCACCUCGGGCAACCAGACCCACAUUGAGCGGCUGUGCAGCCAAAAGACGCCGUACCCGAUUACCUACGACUCGCAGCACAAUACCUGGUGGAUCGAUGAGCCGUUUACUUGCACUCAGCAGUGGGGACCGCUGAUGGGUGAGGGUGAGCACCGGGGUCGUCACUAG